AUGAGCUGCUUCUGCGCGGGCCCUUCGUUAGCACGGUUGCUCCGGAGAACCCCCCAGUACGAGCUGUUUCCGAGCACCGAGGAGGACGCAUUUGACAUGAUGCAGGGCCCAGGCUUUAACGACGACCACCUGUCGAGAGAAGUGUCCAUGGAGAUCUCAAAUGAUCCACGCUUCUUUACUGACAGCGUGAUCGACAAGAGACUGGUGGCUUUCGGCAGCCUGGUGGUGGUCUCCACGCUGAUGCUCGAGAACUCUGUCGACAUGGGCUUCGGCAUGCGGAAGAAGAUGUCCUUGGAAACCGUCGAGUCCACGUUUCAGCUCAUCGCUUUCUUGAUCCUGAUGGGCAUUGCACUCGCCAACGUGGUCAGCACCUACGUCGGCGUGGCGCAGCCUUAUCACUCCCUUCGGCUUGCCACGUCUGGCCCUGCCGGUUUCGAGGCAUCUGCGGGAUAUUAUUUGAACAGGGAUAUCACUGUGUAUCGACAUCUUGCCGUCAAGUGCGCGUUGCUGAGCGUCCCUUGGUUUGUGUUGGCGAACGGCUUCCGGUUGGUGCCCAAGUUUGUCUGGGACGCUCAAGACGGUGGUCCGAAGGAGCAUAAGAAGUCACCGGCGGAGGGGAACAAGCUGUUGGUUCCAGUCCCCGUCAUGCUGCACGUCGAGAGCUACUUUUUCAUUGUGCUGUUCCUGCUGGCCGCUAUCGUGGUCUGGGUGAUUCACGUGCAACACAUGAGAGCAUUCCAGGACAACUACGACAAGGUCUGGCACGGUACGGGCAUGAGCUCCUUGCUCCCACAGGUCCCGCCACCGCGGUCCAAGCGCGGCCGCGGCACUGGCUUGGAAGCGUCUGCUCUAAUUCGUGUGGGGCUCGCUGCGGCCCGCGUGACGACGGAGGGCGGGGCG